AUGAAAAAAUUCUACGCGAACCUCCAGAAGUUGAUGCUUAUGUGGAUUUCUCUUCUUCGGAACUCGCAGCUGGGUGGGGUCAUGUACGCCGAGGACCGCGUCACCUUCUUCCCGAACACGACGUCGCACUUUGCCGGCCCCGCGCUGCUCGACCUGCACUUCCGGGCGGUGCUGCAGGCAGAGGGUGGUGCGCCUCUCCGCCUCGAGGUAUCUGGCCAGCCGCUUCCAGCCACCGCCCAGGAGCGGGGCGUCAUCGCGGGCAUCAGCGGUUUUGCCAUGGGGAUGGUCGUCUUCGCCGCGUAUUCCUUCAUCGCGACAGGCAUCGCGGCGUACGUGACGAUGGAGAAGGAAGUUGAGGUGAAGCAGCAAUUGAUGAUCUCUGGUGCGAGCCCGCUGGCCUACUGGGCCUCGAACUUGAGCUUUGACUGCGUGUUUGGCCUCUUCGCCUUCGUGAGCACGAUGCUUGUGAUGGCCAUCUUCGGAGUCCGUGAGUGGUGCAGCUUCCCCAACAUCGGUGCCACGGUGGCCUUGCUGACACUGUUUACCCCCGCGGUCUCGCUCUUCGCGUAUUUCUGGUCGCAUUUCUUCAACACGUCUGGGAACGCAGUUGCAGGUGUUCUCAUGCUGGGCCUGUUCCUCGGCACAUUUGGCAUCAACGUCUCCGAGACUCUCUCGCUCUUCCCACGCACCCGUGUCUACGGCUACGGCGCGCUCUGGAUCAUAGAGGCAGUGUUGCCUUCAGCCUGCGUUGGGCACGGCCUGAUGCACCUAGCAAUGUUCCGGGACAUCUCCAAGGCAAUGGGCAUCAGCCCUUUUGCCGGCUUCCUGACACACACCGAGUUCUGCUCGCCCGUCCGUGGGAGCUUGCCGUGCGUGGCCAAUGCCGGGGACGACUGCAUCAUGCUGGUUUUCGACAUGCUGCUGUACGCAGCCCUGGUCUAUGUGAUCGAGAUUGGAGGCCUCGGACGGUGGCUGCAGAGGCUGCCCUUCUUUCGGGACCCGAGGUGCCCUUCGAGCCUGCAGCGCGCCGAGGGCGAGGACGUCUGCGCCGAGCGGGCGCGGGUCGCAGGCCUGGACCCGGCGUCGCAGGUGCUCGUCGUCAACGACAUCUACAAAGCCUACAGGGGCGGCGUGCACGCUGUGCGGGGCAUCACGUACGCCGUGGGCGAGGGGGAGGUGUUCGGGCUGCUCGGGGUGAACGGGGCGGGCAAGACGACCACCUUCAGGAUACUGUGCGGUCAGAUUGCGCCCUCGGCAGGCCAGGUGUUCAUUCGGGGCAGACGCAUGGCAGACGAUGCUGCCGGGGCGAGAAGGCUCAUCGGCUACUGCCCGCAGUUCGAUGCGCUUCUCGACCUUCUGACGGCGCGGGAGCAUUUGGAGCUCUACGCCCAGGUAAAGGGCUUCGAGGGCCCGGGCAUGGACGCCGAAGUGAGGCAGAAAUUGGCCACUGUCGACCUGGCUGGCUUCGAGCAUUCCCGCGCUGGCCAAUUGAGCGGCGGCAGCAAGCGCAAGUUGUCUUUCGCGCUGUCGACUAUCGGAGAACCUGAGAUUGUAUUCCUCGACGAGCCCUCUGCGGGCAUGGACCCCGUGGCGCGGCACUUCAUGUGGGACGUGAUCCGAUCCAUCGCGCAGCGGCGGCCGACCAGCGCCGUCAUCUUGACUACACACUCCAUGGACGAGGCGGACGCCCUGUGCUCGCGCAUCGCCAUCCAGUGCCUCGGCCAGCUUCGCUGCCUAGGCUCCCCGCAAGAGCUGAAGCAGCGGUAUGGCUCGGGGCUGGAGCUCAAAGUUCGCUUGGAGGCGCCACGCCGCGCCGACGUGGAGCACCUCUGCGCAGAGUGGAACGGCGCCCCGGACACAGAGUGCCCCAGCCCAGACGCCCUGCGCCUCGUAGAGCAGCGCGUGGCGGCGGCCUGCGCGCCCCCGACCCGCGGUGGCAGCGCCAUCCUGCUCGGAGCGCUGGCGGAGUGGUGCCUCCUGCAGGAGCGGGCGAUGGCAGUAGACGCCUUCCUGGAGGAGCGCUGCGGCCGCGUCGGCCGAGCCAGCCGCGUGGAGGCCGCGGGCGGGUCACUGAGGUACCAGCUCGUGGGCAGCUGCCUCGGCGGCGGCCCGAUGCCCUACGCCGAGCUGUUCGCGCUGCUCGGCGAGCGCCGAAGGGCCCUGAGGCUCGCGGACUUCCAGCUCUCGCAAGGCACGCUCGAGCAGGCCUUCAACCGCCUCGCGGCCGAGGAGCUCGAGGGCUCGGGGCUCGGCUCCGGCAAUCCGAGCGCCGCGAGGCGCCUGGACGGCGGGCUGAUGCCUGCCCUCCAGGCCUCGAAGCAGAAGCCCUCAUAG